AACACCUUCUCAAGCCAACUAAGAGGAAAGAAGAAUAUAAACCAGCAUCUCAAACAACACACAAGCAGAAAUGAACUAAAUUUUCACAAAGAAUGGGAAAGCAGGUUGUACCUGUGGCCUUAGGAGUCCUCGGACUCAUUGGUGUCAUUGUUUGCUGCGUUGUUCCUCAGUGGAUUGUGGUGUAUGGCAAACUUCCCAAUGAUAGGUUUGGAGAGGUGAAGAAAUACGGCCUGUGGAUGGAGUGUGCUCUGGAGGAAAAUGUGCAGCUAAAGUGCAGGAAUCGUGAAACACCUUUAGCCUCAACCUUCCAUGCCACCAAAGCCAUGCUUGUCAUCAGCUGCAUGCUCACCUGCCUCAGCCUCCUCAUCCUCCUCAUCCAAAGUUUCGAUGCCAACUGCAUCCCCUAUCUGCAGAAUGAAGAUGCAAAGCCUAAAAUCUACCCGGUGGUCGGCUGGGCCUGCUGCUGGCUGGCCUUCUGAUGAUCAUCUCAGUCAGCUGGUUUCCUCAAACCUUUGAGCGUUUUUGAAGUCCACCAUGACUGGAUACACUACGUACCCUGAAAUUAGCUAUGGAGCAUGCGUCUAUGUGGGUUGGGUAGCUGGUGUGCUACUGCUUCUUGAUGGAGGUCUGCUCUGCUUCUUCACAAAGAAGACCACUCAGAUUGGGUCUGUCAGUCUCAUUUGAAAGGACAAGAGUCCUCUGCUUAAUUGAUUUGUAAGGCUAAAAAAACAUUUAUACUUGUAACGUGAUUUUAAAGUUAAAAUAGAUUAAAUUACUCAAAUUAUUGCCAUUUAAAUCCAGUUUUACAAUGUGAACAUAAUGCAUUCAUGGAAUAUGUUUCUGGAAGCCAGUGUUUAUUUCUGUUGCUUAAUUGUUUUGUUAGUUUUUUUCCCCCUAAAAGAGAAAAAAUAUAUAAACCACUUUUUCACUUUGUGGUUGACCUUCAUUUAUCCAAAUGUUUAAGAAAUUACAUUACAAAAAACUUGAUAAACUUGGGGUUUUAUAUAGUAAGAAUGGCUUUACAUCAUUUAGAGAAAUAAAAUUUGUACGGAAGCAUUUAACUGCCACAGCCAUGGUAUAAAAAUUAGAGCAGUAUCACGUUAUAACGGGAAAGUUUCUCGUUAUAACGAAAAAUGUAUCUCGUUAUAAGGAGAUUUUUAUCUCAUAAUAUCCUCAACAUAUCCUCGUUUAAACAACGAAAGAACAUCUCGUUAUAACGUGAUACUGCUUCAAUUUUUAUUUCAUAGCUGUGGCAGUUAAAUGCUUCUGUAAAUUUGUGUGUACAAAGGUUUUUUAUUAUUAUUAUUAUUCCUUUUUUUAUCAGUAUUAACAAUUAUUUGAACAUGUAACCAACAUUUUCUUUGAGGCAAAUUUAUUUGUAUACCACAUUUCAUCUUGUGGAAGUAAUUUUAAUGCAUAUGGUAAUCGAUCAUAUUUACUCAUAUAACAAUCACACGUGGAAUCAUUCUUGUAUUCAUAUGAUACAUUUAUUCCUUUAUUAUCCUCAAUUACAUUUUAUAAUGUGUAUUUUCCUUUUUUUAGAACAUUAAAGUUAUGAUUCUCCUGGUGUGUUCUUGUGUGAGGUCAGGCUGACCACUUUCCUUCCAGACUCGUGAUAUGGGAAAAGGUUGAGACUGAAGGGGCAGCGGCUUGAUACAAACAGUUGUUUAGAAAAUAGCAGCCUGUUUGGGCGAGACAAUAAGGGAACGGUGCCUCACAGUCUCUCCUUCCUUUUAUCAGUCCAGAGACUGGCCUUCAGCUUCGAUCAGGUUGAGUAAAACUGAAAAUGUAACAAAUCAGAGUCCUCCUGUUUGCCCCCGGAGUUAAGACAGCUCUCGCAAAUUUGCAACUUUGGUCUGUAUUUUUCUUAUACUUCUUCUGUAAUAAACCUCAUAUACUUUUACUCA